AUGUCUGAAGUUCAAAGGAUUCUUAAUUGCAAAUCGUAUUAUGAAGUUCUUCAAGUCAAAGAGAACUUUAAGAAAGACGAACUGAAACAGAAUUAUCGCAAAAUAGCUGCACUUGUUCAUCCUGAUAAAUGUCAAGAUCCAAUGGCUACAGAAGCAUUUCAAAAAGUCACAAAUGCAUAUUCAACUCUUAAUGAUGACACAAAAAGAAAACUUUAUAAUCAGGUUAAUAAACAAGAGCAAAAUGAUAUUAGUCAAGAAGAUUUGCAAAUAUAUGAAUAUUUGAUCCGUGAAUAUAUAAAGAAGAUAUUUAAGAGACGUUUGAAUUGUACUGAUAUUGAUUCUUUCCAGUAUUUAAUGUCAUGGUUAUUUGCUGAUUCAGAUUUAAAUCCUAAGAAAACAAAAUCAGAAAAAAAGAAAGAAGAAAAACUAAGAGCAAAAUUAGGAGAAAUUUAUUAUAGAAGCUGGUAUGAAAUAGCAACAAAUGCUGAAAAGGAAGAAGCAGAAAGCAAAAAGAGAAUAAUAAUAGUAAUAGCUAUAGUUUUAAUAAUAAUUUGUUUUCUGAUUACUCAUUUAUAA